CGGCAGCAGACGACGUCCUCCAGGCGUAAACACUCUCCUGCCGAAGUUACAUCAUUACCUGCAUCAUGUUCUCGGCUGUGAAGUUCGCUAGGGCAGCUCGCCCAUCAGUAACUGGGUUUCUGAGAUAUUGCAGUGCACAAGUCGGAAGUAAAGAAUAUUUCGAUAAACUUGUGGAAAAAAACAAAGUUGUUGUGUUUAUGAAGGGAACUCCAGAUAUGCCUAGGUGUGGAUUCAGCAAUGCAGUUGUCCAAAUUAUGCGAAUGCAUGGUGUAAACUAUGAUGCUCACAAUGUGUUGGCAGAUGACAGUGUUCGACAAGGAAUUAAGGAAUAUUCAGACUGGCCAACAAUUCCACAAGUGUUCAUAAAUGGCUCUGUUAGCACCUGA